AUGCAGUUCCCAUUGCCCCCGCCAGUCUUCACCGGCACCCCGGAAUCCAUCCUCCAAGAGUCCCAACAUCUUAUCGACCAAGCAAGAUCCGUGCAAGACUCCAUCGCCACGACCAUCACACCGGACACUGCGGCAUUCGCGAACACUCUCCUGCCGAUCGCUCACGAACAGAAUGAGCGCCUGUACGGACGGCACAUGCUGGAAUUCUAUCAGAAUGUCUCGACAGACGACAAGGUCCGCGAAGCAUCGAGAAAGGCAGAGAAGCAGUUCUCUGAACUCGAGACCGAGCUUGGAAUGCGAGAGGAUGUUUCUCGUUUGGUGAAAGCUGUCUAUGACAGGAACGAGGAUCUGGAUGAGGAAUGUCGCCGUUUGUUGGAGCGGCAGAUGCUGGAGUAUAAACGCAAUGGACUGCAUCUGGGAGAGGAAGAUCGGAAGCGGCUUCAGCAGAUCAGUAAGGAAUUGGGAGAUGUCAAAGCUCAGUUUGAGAAGAAUUUGAGUGAGGAGAAGGGUAGUGUUGAUUUCACGAAAGAGGAACUUGAUGGCCUUCCUGAUGAUGUGUUCGCUGGACUGGAAAGUGAUGGUGAAGGUCAAUACCACCUUAGCUUUCGGCCUGCGCAUACCAGUGCCGUGCUGGGGCAUGUAAAGAUCGCAGGGACAAGAAGGAAGGUCUACAUCGGCAACGUCACCAAAUGCAACGAAAACGUACCUCUACUGGAGAAAGCUUUCAUCCUCCGCGACGAAGCUGCACGGCUAUUGGGAUACAGCAACCACGCCGAAUACCGAUUGGAAGAUAAGAUGGAGAAAUCGCCACAGAAGAUCAACGAUUUCCUCGAAGACGUGCGAUUGAAGCUGGUGCCCAAAGGCCGAGUUGCGAUCGAGCGAUUGAAGCAGCUCAAAACGGAAGGACUGACAGCUCGAGGGGAGGGAAACGAUGGCAAGUUCUAUCUCUGGGAUCAAUCCUACUACUCCCGCAUCCUCGUGCAAAGGGAUUACGCAGUAGAUCAUGAGAAGUUGGCGGAGUACUUUCCUCUGGAUUGGGUGAUUGAGCGGAUGCUGGAGAUCUUUGCGGAGUUGAUGGGGAUGGCUUUUCAUCAGAUACCCACUGGCAGAGGAUCGGAGAAUGAGGAGCUUGUUUGGCAUGGGGAUGUACGAAUGUUCGCUGUGUACGACGACUUUGAAGAGGGAGAGGUACAUAAAGACUUUCUGGGUUACCUCUACAUGGACGUCCAUCCACGCGCGGGCAAACGCCCAGGACUCUGCGAUUUGAGCAUCCACCCCGGCUACAUCAAUCCCAGCACAAGUACCCGCACGCACCACCCCAGCACCUGCCUCAUAACCAACUUCCCCAAAUCGCCGACCUCCAAACCAACCCUUCUAACGCACUCCGACCUCUGGCAACUCUUCCACGAACUCGGCCACGGAAUCCACGACCUCGUCUCCAAAACCCGCUUCGCCUGCUUCCACGGCCCCGAGACGGCCCAAGACUUCUGCGAGGCGCCGAGUCAGAUGCUGGAGAAGUUCUGCUGGACGAGGGAAGUCCUGCAGGUCUUGGGGAGGUAUUGGGGUAGUCUCUCCGACGAACAUCGCCAGGCGUGGCAGGGGGAACAUCCCGGCGAGGACAUACCCAGCGAGACGAUCCCAGCAGAUCUCAUCGAAGGCUUACUUCAAUCACAAACCGCCAACCGCGCGCUCUUCUGGCUACAAUCCCUCCACAUCGCCAUCUUCGACAUGACCAUCCACCAACCGAAAAGUCACGAACAAGCUCGAAACAUCAACACCACCAAACUCUGGAACGCCCUCAAGUCCGCCAUCCUCGGCAUCGACGCCCCCGAAGGCGACGAAGGGGGCCACGGGCAGGCGAUUUUCGGACAUCUGUUCAGUGGGUAUGAUGCGGGGUUUUAUUCUUGUUUGUCUUCGCAAGUCUACGCCUGCGAUAUGUUCGCCUCGAAGUUCUCGGCCGAUCCUCUGAAGCGAGAGGAGGGAAUGCGUUGGAGGAGGGAGGUGCUUGAGAAAGGUGGGAGUAGGGAUGAGAUGGAGGGGAUGAGAGUGUUUCUUGGGCGGGAGGUGGGAAGUGAGGCUUUUGGGGCGUGGUUGGGGGUUUGA